AAUAAACAAACACGAAGGAAAGGAAUAAGAACGAACUGGAGAUAUGUCUGCUUGUGCCUCCUUUUGUUCUGUUUUCCUCAUUGCCUUACUAGCGAGCUUAAGAUCUUAUGCACAGCAACCAGACCCUACUUACAUAUACCAUCUUUGUCCAAACACGACAACUUACUCCCGAAACAGCACAUACUCUUCCAACAUUAGAACUCUUUUGUCCUCUCUUUCUUCCAACAGCCGUUCUUCCUCUACCGGAUUUUACAGCACAGCGGCAGGUCAAAGCCCUGAUUUGGUGUUCGGCCUUUUCCUUUGCCGGGGGGAUCUCCCGCCAGAAGUCUGCGGUAAUUGUGUCGUCUUUGCUGCCAGCGACACUCUCAAAAAAUGUCCAGAGGAGAAGAUUGGGUUGAUAUGGUACGACGAGUGCAUGCUUCGAUACUCUGACCGGAAUAUCUUCUUGGAAUCUUCACUCCAAAAUGGAACAAACGGAAUACUCAUGUGGAACACUAGAGAUGUUCCAAGAAACCAGUCAGAUCGGUUUCGUGAUGUAGUGUUCUCUUUGAUGAACAAGUGUGCAAACGAGGCUGUUAAUAGUUCAAAAAGGUUUGCGGUUAGCAAGUCCAACUUCACAUCGGUUGAGACACUUUAUGGGCUGGCUCAGUGCACACCCGAUUUGACUAGUGGCGAUUGUUUUAAUUGUCUACAACGGACUAUCAGUUCAUUACCCACAGCCCAAAUUGGGGGAAGACUUCUUAUGCCGAGUUGUAACUCAAGGUACGAGCUCUACAAAUUCUUCGAAGAAACUGCCACAGCAAUACCUCAACCUCCUAAACCUCAGUUCGAUUCAGCUCCUCCACCGCCUUCCCAAGAAGCUGGAAAAGGCAGAAACUCAUCUGUCAUAGCAAUCGCUGUUGUUGUUCCAAUCACAGUCAUUUUUGUUCUUCUCGUAGCUGUUUUCAUUUUCUGGGCUAAAAAGAAAAGGAGAACUUAUGAGACGGAACCACUUGCUGAAGAUAGGGACGAUAUUACAACUGCAGGGUCACUUCAGUUUGAUUUUAAGGCAAUUGAGGCAGCAACUGAUAAGUUUUCUGAAACUAACAAACUUGGUCAAGGUGGAUUUGGGCAAGUCUACAAGGGUACCUUUCCUAGUGGAAUACAAGUUGCGGUGAAGAGGUUAUCUAAAACAUCAGGACAAGGUGAAAGAGAGUUCGAGAACGAAGUUGUUGUUGUGGCAAAACUUCAGCAUAGAAAUUUGGUAAGGCUACUUGGUUUUUGUUUGGAAGGGGAAGAAAAGAUACUUAUCUAUGAGUUUGUGCCCAACAAAAGCCUUGAUUACUUCCUUUUUGACUCUACGAUGCAGAACCAGCUGGACUGGAAAAUACGGUACAAGAUCAUUAAAGGAACUGCUAGAGGGAUUCUAUAUCUUCAUCAAGAUUCACGACUCACAAUCAUUCAUCGUGAUCUCAAAGCCGGUAACAUCUUACUGGACGCUGAUAUGAACCCGAAAGUUGCAGAUUUUGGAAUGGCAAGAAUAUUUGGAAUGGACCAAACGGAAGCCAAUACGAAAAGAAUAGUUGGAACCUAUGGUUAUAUGUCUCCGGAAUAUGCAAUGUACGGCCAAUUCUCCAUGAAAUCAGAUGUGUACAGUUUUGGAGUAUUAGUUCUUGAGAUUAUAAGUGGUAAAAAGAACAACAGUCUCUAUCAAAUGGAUGGUGCCGCUGGCAAUUUAGUUACAUAUACAUGGAGUCUAUGGAGCAAUGGAUCGCCAUUAGAGCUCAUGGAUGCAUCAUUUCGAGAUAAUUAUCAAACAGAAGAAGUUACGAGAUGCAUUCAUAUCGCUUUACUAUGUGUUCAGGGAGAAGCUGAAGAUCGUCCAACCAUGCCAGAGAUCGUCCAGUUGCUCACUACUAGCUCCAUCGCUCUCACUUUGCCUCGACCACCUGGAUUGUUCUUCCGAAGUAAGCAUGAACAAGUAAGAGUGGAUCCUAGUAUUGACACGUUUGCCAUGGGUUCUGUGGACGGGGCUUCCAUUACUCAAGUAGCUCCUCGUUGAAAACAAAAUUAUUCAUAAAUAGAAAUUGAUUUGAAAUAAUGAUUGAAGACUGUUACGUAUAAGAUUUAGAGACUCAUGAAU